UGGUCACGUAUACUUGAUUUACCUGAAAAUGAACCUCUAUCAUUAGUACCAUUUAUUGAUUUUGCUAAUCAUAAUUUAAAUGCUAGUGCACGUUGGUUUAUUGAUGAUGAAACACAUAAUUUAAUUCUUCGAUCGGAACGUAAAUUAAAUCCAGAUGAAGAAAUUACAAUUAAUUAUGGAUUAAAGUCAAAUGAAGAAUUAUUAUAUUUAUAUGGUUUUACAUUAUCUAAUAAUCCAAAUGAUCGUGUCACAUUACCAGUUAGUCUAUUACCUGAUGAUAUUUUACUUGAAGAUAAACUUCAAUUAAUUCAAGAAUUAAAAUUACCUCCUCGAUUGACUUUAGAUAUUAAUGGUCAUCUUAAUAAUGAAUCAAAUCGAUUAGUAAAAAUUUUAAGUGCACAAACAUAUGAAACAAUUAAUAAAGAAAAUGAAUAUUAUAAACCAUAUCUUCUUAACUUAUUUAAUGAAUAUCUUAACAAGCUGAAUAUGUGUUCUGAUGAUGAUAAUGAAAAAUUUAUUAAAUAUUAUCUUUAUAGUCAAAAAUUAAUUAUUCAAAAAGCGAUAGAUAAUUUGAAAUAA